AUGCAGUUCCAGACGGACAAGACCACCGUCUACAUGUCGCAUCCCGCUACGUCCGAGUGUCUGAUCGUUACUACGGUCAACGACGCAGACUUGAGCGGUGAAGACGGCCCCGGCUCCGUUGGCCAUAUUUUUGUGGUGGUGUACAAGCCCAACAGCGGAAUUUGGGCGUUCCAGACGGAUAAGACGGUCGUGCACAUCUCGCAGUCCGAGACGUCGGACUGUCUGUACGUUACGGUCGAGGAUGCUGCCUCGGCCGGUGACGACAAUGGACACAGCGACCACCAUUACGCCUGCAACGGCGAUGGACCCAUCGCGCUCGCCGAUUGA